AUGGAGGAUGAAAUAGAGAAACAUGGUGGAUAUGGCAACACUACGACUGUGACGCCGCACCAUGUGUACAACGAAGAUGUGCAGAUUGUCGACGAGCAUGAGCGAAAAGACCUCGUGCGAGGGUUGAAGCAGCGCCACGUUCAGAUGAUUGCCAUCGCAGGUGCUAUUGGAACCGGUCUCUUCCUCGGUCUUGGAUCGUCCAUUGCUACCGCCGGACCCCUGGGUUCUCUUCUGGGAUAUCUGUUCGUCGGCGCAAUCGUCUGCGCAGUGCAGUAUGCGCUGGCCGAAGUCACUGCGCUUUUCCCCGUCACCGGUUCAUUUGUCCGGCACUCGGAGAUCCUGGUCGACCCCGGCCUGGCGUUUGCAGUUGGAUGGAAUGUUGUCUAUGGCGCCUUCAUGUCCGUCCCCAGCGAGGUGUCGGCGGCAGUCGUGCUCAUUCAGUACUGGAACGAGAGCGUCAAUCCGGCCGUCUGGGUGACCGUUCUCCUAAUUCUCUCGGUGCUGGUCGCUGUCAUCUUUGUCGGCGUUUACGGCGAAGUCGAGUUUUUCUUUGCGCUGCUCAAGAUCCUUCUUGUUAUUGGCGUGAUUAUCCUGGGCCUGGUGAUUGACCUUGGGGGGGUUCCUGGAAAGCCUCGUCUGGGCUUUCACUAUUGGAAUUCCCCAGGCCCCUUUGUCGAGUACAUUGCCGACGGUUCCUGGGGCCGCUUUUUGGGCUUUUGGGCGGUCCUCAGUAGUGCGGUAUACUCCUUCUCUGGGGUCGAAUCGCUCGCCAUGGCCGCAGCUGAGACUAAGAAUCCGCGCCAAAACAUCCCCAAGGCCUGCAAACGCGUCUUCGCCCGGCUGACCAUUUUUUAUCUGCUUGCGAUUCUGAUCGUGGGUAUGCUGGUCUCGAGCAAGGAUGACCGUCUAAAUGAUGAGUCUGGCACUGCUACACAGAGCCCAUUUGUGAUUGCAGCCUCUGACGCAGGAAUAAAGGCAAUCCCGUCGAUUGUCAACGCCGUUGUCUUGACAUCGGCAUGGUCUGCUUCCAAUCAAUCCAUUCUCGCAGGGACCCGGACACUCUAUGGACUGGCGAUCAAGGGUCACGCUCCCAAGAUUUUCCUGAGGACAACACCGUACGGCAUCCCGUACAUGUGUGUCGCUCUGCAAGUCGCGUUUUCGUUCCUUUCGUACAUGUGUGUGUCCAGUAAUGCACUGACUGUGUUUUGGUGGUUUGUCGACUUGACGGCAGCCGGCGUGCUGAUUAGUUGGAUGGCAAUUGCGCUGAAUCAUAUCCGCCUGAUGCAGGCGUUGAAAAAGCAGGGGAUUUCGCCGGAUGAGUUGCCAUGGCAUAAUUCUCUAACUCCGUACGGGUCAUGGUUUGCGUUGGUAUCCUGCGCUAUCCUACUGUUGACCGGUGGGUUCGCCGUGUUUACUAAAGGAAACUGGGAUCCAUCGUCUUUUGUCUCUAGCUAUCUGGACAUCCCACUUGUUCUCGUCGUGUAUUUGGGCUACAAAUUCAUCAGAAGGACGAAAUUCGUCCCUCUUGAAGAUGUGCCGGUGCGACAGGCCAUUGAGGAAGCGCAGAAUGAUCCUGAAAACGUCCCUAUCAAAGCGAGAGGAUGGCAGAGAUUAAAUAUUCUGUGGGGGUGA